GGAAGAAGCAGCUUUUGAUCUUCACAGACUGUUAAGAAGACGUCAUCAUGGAUUUCAUGCCUUUCUUCAUGGUCCCACUAUCGAAUCUCAUCCUCCACUUGGGUUCAGUUAAAGGAUCAUUUGUAGUGGAUGUGACACAGAGCUCCUAUCAGGCAGAGGAGAACCACAACAUCACACUGGAGUGGACGUUCACCACCAAACCAGACACGCCCAUCUCAUCACUGAAGGUCUUCUGUAUCCUGAAUAAUGGCCAUAAAUACUGGACUUUUUAUCAUCUUUAUGAUGGUGUCGAGUUCUCAGAGGAUGAAGAGUUUUCAGGACGAGUCCAGAGUGACAAAGACGCCCUCAGAGAAGGACGAAUCAGACUCCAGCUGUCCAGACUCAGGACUGAGGACUCGGGUCUGUACCUGUGUGAGUUGGACACAGGUUAUGGCCGCGGCUACAACAGCUGCAGAGUCACAGUCUCUGAUCCAAACUUUGCUAAAACCUCGACGACAGAGAAGUCGCUGCUAACUCCAGAUCAUCAGGACACGACUCCAGCAAAUGGUCGAUCCAGGGUUCCUGUGGUCGUCACUGUCAUCGCUUUUAUAAUCGUUAUAGCUGUUGCUGGUCUUGCUGUACAUUUUUGCUGCCAACAUCAGAAUCGAACUAAGCAUCCAGAGGAUGAUGAGACACAAAAACAACCAUUACCAGUCUAGCUGCCUUGCUCAAAGGAACAUUGGUGUUAAUGAAACUGAGGUGUUUUUUUGUUUUGGUUUUUAUCUUUGCUGGAUCUUCAGUCAGGUUGGGAGUUCAAACCUGCAACCACAGGGAGACAAUCAGGCUCAGCAGUACUGAGAUCAUCAUAUUGACUCUUCUAAAAUUUAAUCUACACUAAAACUUUGCAGCUCUGAGAUGCAGCUGAACCCUCCAAACUGCAACAGCACAAGAAUCGCAGGUCUGUCCAGGGUCAACCUCUUCCUGAUAAUUUCCACCUCGGUUGUCGCUGCUCUUGCUGCAUAUUUUUCUCAACGCCUUCAUCAGGAACUAAAAGCAAGUCUGACGCAGACAAACACGGACAUGUUGUGCUGUCAGACUGACUUCAGACUGAUUUAUUGUUUUGUUCAUCUUUGAUGUGUGAAGUUGCUUUUUUUUUUUUGCUUUUGCUCGUCUGUAUAAACUUUGUUGUGCCAUCAGUGAUGUCAUUACAUAACUUGUGUUUUAUUACUAUUGUUGUAUUUUAUUCAUUUAUUGUUUUUAUUUAUUUUCUGUUUCUUUUGCAGUCACUCUUUUUGUUGUGGCACUGAAUGAAAGUUCUGUGUUUGAAUUUUUUGAACAUGUGUUGUGUUUCAGGGAUAUUUAAAUGCACUACAGGCGUAAACAGUAAAAUCAGUAAAUGGUCAGCAUGGUCAGCAUGAUGGUCCAUGUGUUGAUUUAGUGGUUAGUACUGUGGCCUCACAGCAAAAAGGUUGCUGGUUGAGAAACGUGCUUCUUGUGUUCAUUAGUUAUUCUAAAUUGUGAGGAAACUAAAGUGCUUGAAGUGUUCAGAUUAAAGUGUUGCAUGAAGGAAAAAAAUCUGAUUUGUAGUUAGAAACACUGAGUGGGCAGUAAGACUGAAAUCAAAGCUCAUGUGAUCCACCUGAGCUGCCACUUUUGUUUUGUGUUCUAACUGUUAAUGCUUAAUUAAUACUGAUUAUUAUGAAUGAUAGUUACAAGACAGCAGUGAAGACAGAGUUUAACAGCUGUAAUGGUUUUACAUGGUCAUAGAAUAAAUUAUAAGUGAAUGUUUUUCACGUUUGAUCAAAUAUAUUUAAAUCAUCAUAGGGCUAUGUUAUGUACGCCACAGGUAGGCUGCAUGUUUGUCCUGCGAUUCUUUCUUUUCUUUUGGGACAUUUGAGUUGUAUAGUGACACAUUUGUGGUCCCAGCGUGGUCGUCUUAUUCCUUUUUGACUCCCAAAAGAUUAGACUGGAAGAGAGCACAGAUCUACUAAGACCAGUGGAACGAGCUCUGUCGCUGUUUGUUCAGCGUUUACUUUGUUUGCUGAACAAGGAAGGCGUUCCUUCUGAUUGCUCAUGAAAAGGAAUGAACUAUAAAUAACAGAGUCAUAAAGAACUCCUAUUGUUUCAGAAACUAUGGCACAAUAGUGUCUCCCAGUGAAGAAUGCAGAUAGUUGUUGCGUGACACAGUUUGUUCAUGACUUUUGAACUAGACUCUCCAGCAAUAAACCUGCUGUGUUAUAUUUAGGCUCAGAUAAUAUUUAAAGGCGCUGCUUGAAUGUGCCAAAGUGUGAUUCUGAAUCUUCUCUGCUGAGCU